GGGGCGCCGUAUUCGCCGCCCAGAGGGAAGGAGGUCGGCAGUGCGAGGAGCUGCUAUGGUGCUGAGUUUCCUGGUAGAGCCGGCCGAGCUGAGGCGGUCGCGGCCAUGAAGGUGAGGGGCCGGUGGAGCCGGACAGACCCUCCUCGCCAAUCCUAUCCAGCCAGGGCACCUGAAGCGCCUCCUUUCUUUCCGCCUUAGCGGUUACCUAGUCGUCAUCUCGGAGAGCUGCGCUGAGGGGGGUCGCUUGCCCGGCUUCAGGUGCCCCAACCGAGCCAGGGCAGGCUGCCGGACGCUCUCGAGCUCCUCCAGUGCCACCCCCGUCAGCGACCCGAGCGGUGGGGAGAAGCCGGGCGCCCCUAGCGUUCGCGCCGGGUGGGCCCCUCUCUGCGCCGGGCCCUGUGCGCCUCCUCGGGGGCCUGAGGCAGAGCCGCCAGGGCUCGCCUGAGCCUCGGUCCCUUGGCGCGCGGCGCGCCCUCUCCCGCCCCGAGUCCUUGAACUAACCCAAGUGUUGGGGACAUCGUGGGACCAAGGAGAACAGGAGGGGUGCAGGGGGUGAGGCUAGGGCCAGGCUAACGGGUUAAAGAACUCUCAGGGUGGGGAUGCCACCCGGAAGGGGUGCUUCGUAGGCUGCACGUCGGGGCCGCGACCUAGAGAAGGCUGGAUGUGCCUCCAUCGCCACUAGGUGGGGGAGUGGUGCUAAGGAUCAAGUAUACUGUUAAAAGAAAACAAAAACCCAAGCAUGAGGAAGGCGGGUGCCACGUCUAUGUGGGCUUCGUGCUGUGGGCUGCUGAAUGAAGUCAUGGGAACUGGAGCUGUCAGGGGCCAGCAGUCAGCAUUUGCAGGAGCCACCGGUCCAUUCAGAUUUACACCAAACCCUGAGUUUUCCACCUACCCACCAGCAGCUACGGAAGGGCCCAACAUAGUUUGUAAAGCCUGUGGGCUUUCAUUUUCAGUCUUUAGAAAGAAGCAUGUUUGCUGUGACUGCAAGAAGGAUUUUUGCUCCGUUUGUUCAGUCUUACAAGAAAAUCUCCGUAGAUGUUCUACUUGUCACUUAUUACAAGAGACAGCAUUUCAGCGCCCUCAGUUAAUGCGACUGAAGGUGAAGGACCUGCGGCAGUAUCUCAUUCUGAGAAAUAUACCCAUAGAUACUUGUCGUGAGAAAGAAGACUUGGUGGAUCUAGUACUGUGCCAUCAUGGACUAGGCUCUGAGGACGACAUGGACACAAGCAGUCUGAAUUCUUCAAGGUCCCAGACUUCUAGCUUUUUUACACGUUCGUUUUUUUCAAACUAUACAGCCCCCUCUGCUACUAUGUCUUCGUUUCAGGGAGAGCUUAUGGAUGGAGACCAAACAUCCAGAUCUGGAGUGCCGGCACAGGUACAAAGUGAAAUCACUUCAGCAAACACAGAAGAUGAUGAUGACGACGAUGAUGAGGAUGAUGAUGAUGAUGAAGAAAACACGGAGGAUCGGAACCCCGGGCUCUCCAAGGAGAGAGUGAGAGCUUCACUGUCUGACUUGUCAAGCCUUGAUGAUGUGGAAGGAAUGAGCGUGCGCCAGCUGAAGGAAAUUCUGGCUCGGAAUUUUGUCAACUAUUCUGGCUGUUGUGAAAAAUGGGAACUGGUAGAGAAAGUAAACCGGUUAUACAAAGAGAAUGAAGAAAACCAAAAGUCCUAUGGCGAGCGGCUGCAGCUGCAGGAUGAGGAAGACGACAGCCUGUGUCGCAUCUGCAUGGAUGCCGUCAUCGACUGUGUCCUACUGGAGUGUGGGCACAUGGUUACCUGCACCAAGUGCGGCAAGCGCAUGAGUGAGUGUCCCAUCUGCCGGCAGUAUGUGGUGCGAGCCGUGCACGUGUUCAAGUCCUGAAACAGGCUCCCCUCACCAGGACAGUCACCCCCAAACUUGACCCCAAACAUUUCAAUGCACAGAAGGGACUGGAAAGUUACUGUUCAAAGGCUGAAGCUAUUUUAAAACAUUAUUUUGACUACUAAGUGGGGACAGAAAGAUCCAUCCUGAGUUGUGGAAACAUUGGUCCAUGCCGUGAGCCUGUCUGCCUGUGGACACGUGAGCUUCCCGGGCUCAGCUGGGCUUUAUCACACAUCCCGUGAACACUCAUUGAAGUCAGCCUGUUUGCGCCAUGUGGGCAUCAGCCACUGCUGUCUUGGGAGGACACUUAUCCUGUUCUCUUAUUUCCCCUUCAUCCUAUUUUUAACUUAAACUGCUCAGAUGUUUGAAACUUCUGUCCUCUUUGGAUGAGAUCAGUGUCCACAAGUGGCCGACAUGGAACAUGCUGAGCAGUGGCUCCUCUGAAUGUUCACUUUAUUAGUCAUGUAUAUUUUAAAUGCUAACAUUUGAUGAAUGUAAGUUUCCACAUUGUUGCUGUUUCUGCAUUUAAACAUAAUUGGGAACAACUGACAUUCUCUAGUCGACUGCCAGGGCCUUAGACUCCACAUGUCCAUUUUUGUUCAGGUAUAGCUUUUUAUAGCAAGGGCUGCAUCUAGCUUCUUUUAUUAGAAGUGUGUGUGCUAAAUUCCUUAUUAAUGUGUAAUCAGUUUACACUGUUUUGUAUAGUGAAGGUGUAUUUUCAGUGCUACCCGCUAGCUGAUUUUAACUUUAGGAAUAAAAUUAGUUUUAAAAGCUUU